AAUAUUUAAUUUCCAAAAAACAAAAAACAAUUAACUAUGAAGAGGAUCAAUGAAAAGAAAUUGGAAGCAUUUACUGUUGGUACGAUGGGGAGUAUGUGGCAAAUGUCUAAAAAGGAAUUGGAAGAACAAAAGAAAAAAGAGGAUGAAGCAGCAGCAGCUCAUGCUUUCAAAGAAUUUGUCGAAACAUUUCAAGAUACACCGUCCCCAUUUACAAAGGUAUGGGUUAAAGCUGGAACUUAUGAUGCGGGAUCCCGACGCGAAGAUAGUAGAGAAAAGGGUAAACUUUACAAACCUAGUACAAAAGUAGAGGAGAAAAGCGCUGCAGAAAAAGCACAAGAAUAUGCAAAAAUGCUUGCAUCUGAUUUGCAAAAGGACUCGACGCCACUAAAAAAGAAACAUCAAGAAAAAAAGAAGAGUAAUUUGGAGCUAUUCAAAGAGGAAUUGCGACAAAUACAAGAAGAACGGGAGGAACGUCACAAAUAUAAACAUAUAGCCGGACAGCAAAUAGUACAACAACAAACAGUUGUGGAAGCUCAACCCGCCGAAACUCGUGAAUCUGGAUCUUUUGAUACCGGAGACCCAAAUACUACUAAUUUAUAUCUGGGCAACUUAAACCCUAAGAUUUCUGAGCAACAAUUAAUGGAAAUAUUUGGUCGUUAUGGACCUUUGGCUAGUAUAAAAAUUAUGUGGCCACGUUCAGAGGAGGAGAAACAACGUGGUCGCAACUGCGGCUUCGUAGCUUACAUGAGCCGUAAAGAUGCUGAACGUGCUUUGAAAACACUAAAUGGUCGUUACAUAAUGGGUCACGAAAUGAGAUUAGGUUGGGGCAAAUCCGUUCCGAUUAUGAAUCAACCAAUUUUUAUUCCACCACCGCUUUUGGAACUUACUAUGCCACCACCACCAUCAGGACUGCCAUUUAAUGCACAGCCACCUCCUAGUGAAAAACAAAAUGUUCCUAAAGUAAAUUAUAAACAAUUUACGACUGAUGAAGAAAAAGAGGCAAUGGAAAAGGUACUUCCAAAAUGCAUCGUUAAAGUUUUUAUACCCACUGAAAAAUCCGUUCUAAAUAUUAUUCAUCGCAUGAUAGAAUUUGUAAUCCGUGAAGGACCUAUGUUUGAGGCUUUAAUUAUGUAUCGAGAAAUUGAAAAUCCGUUGUUUUCAUUUCUUUUUGAUAAUGAAAGUCCAGCACAUAUAUAUUAUCGUUGGAAAUUGUUUUCACUAUUGCAAGGAGAUAGUCCAAGUGAAUGGAAUGAAAAGGAGUUCCGCAUGUUUAAAGAUGGCCCAGUUUGGAAACCACCCAUUGCUAACUUUUAUACCCAGGGUAUGGCAGAUGAUUUAGUUGUUGAUCCCGAUGCACCGGAAAUUCUUAAAGGAGCUCUUUCAAAUGCCCAACGUGAUAGGUUAGAAGAUAUUAUACAUUAUUUGUCACCUGAACGUUCACGCAUUGGAGAUGCUAUGAUAUUUUGUAUUGAACAUGCAGAUGCAGCGGACGAGAUAUGUGAAUGUAUAGCUGAAUCUCUAGCCAAUCCAAAUACUCUUGCAACAAGAAAAAUUGCUCGUUUAUAUUUAAUAUCGGAUAUUUUGCAUAAUUGCACUGUUAAAGUAUCAAAUGCAUCGUUUUUCAGAAAGUCUUUUGAGAAACAUUUACUGGAUGUAUUUGAAUAUUUAGCUACAUUUUUCGGCUCAAUGGAAAGUCGCCUUAAGAGUGAAGGUUUUAAAUCUAGAGUUCUUCAAGUGUUGCGGGCUUGGGAAGAAUGGCUAAUAUAUCCUAAAGAAUUCAUAUUAAAAUUAAAGAGUACAUUUUUGGGCAUUACUAUAGUGGCUUCGCCUGUACGAACUGAAGAACAAAAAGAAGAAAUCAUUGAAGAUAUUGAUGGUGCUCCUUUAUCAGGUGAUGAAAAGGAUGAUGAAGAUUUGGAUGGUGUGCCAUUAGAUGGUGCUGCAUUGCUUAAAGGUGCACUUUUGCGCGGCUUACCCGAUGCAUUGCCAAUGAAAGAGGAAGCCUUUCAAAGACAGAGCUUAGAACACGAUGACUAUGAUGAUAUUGAUGGAAUGCCAAUGGAUGAUGAUAUAGAUGGUGUGCCUUUAGAAAAACUGAAACCCGAACAAAUGUUCAAUGCUUCCAAAACACAUUUGAAAGGCGGUACAUUUAUUCCAUCUAAGUGGGAAACUGUAGAUCCGGAGCAAGUCGAAGCACAAGCAAUUACAACAAGUAAAUGGGAUACAUUAGAUCCUCCGCCAGCACCUAAAAUAUAUGGGCGUCAUGUAAGCAGUAAUAGUGAUUCAGACUCAGAAAAUGAAAAGGAGGAUAAACGACAAAAGUUACGUGAAAUCGAGUUGAAAACUAUACAAUACCAAGAUGAUCUCGAAUCUGGAGAAAGAGAUUUAAAACCUGGUUGGACUGUAAUGGAGCAAGUGCAACACUAUCGGAAAAAAUUACUAAAAAAGGAUACGCGUGUGGAAAUGAUUGAUUCACCAUUAAGUUGCUUAUAUACUAAAGAAUUGCAGAGAAACGAUAGUCCUGACAGCAGAAGACAGAAUAAAAAACGUUCAGUUUCGCCAAAUCAAUAUAAUAGUAGCAGUUCGAGAUCAAGUCCUACACGAAGUUACCGUAGCAGUAAAUCUAGCAAACGUCAUCGAUCACGGAGUUCUUCAGAGUCACCACCAAGGCAUCAAAUUGAACGCAAAUCCAGUUCAUCCAAAUCACGUUACGAUAGUCCCGCAUCCACAUCUAAUUCACGCAGAUCACCUUCACCUAACUACCUCAGAGAGAAUUACAGUGGUACACGUGCAGCAUCUCCACGGUAUCGUGUUGAAAAAUAUAAAAGCAAGCACAAGCAUUAAUUAUUUCUUAUACGAUUCAAUAUUUAUUAAUAAUUCUAAAUAA